AUACGAUAUUUUGGUUGUGAAAUAAGUUGUUGGUACGUUAAUAUGUCAGACAAAUUAUAACAUCGUAACGAAUAUGUGUAGCUCAAUUUCGGCCUUGAGUGGUGAGAGAUAGCGAACAACAGGCUGAACGUGAACUUUGUCUCAUUCGUUAAACGAUCGUUCGCUAGUCAUCCUCGUUCGUGUUGUGUAUACGAUCGCGGCUUCAUACGAUGAAUUCCUUUUACGUGUACCUGGUCUUUCUAGCCGUGACCCUACGGAUAGCCACGUCGCACGACCAGCCAGCUAUCACUUACAUUUCGCCGAAACAAAUUAAAGAGGUCCGAGAUACUGUGAGCCUGUCAUGUGUCGCUGAUAAUGUUGUGGAUAUUCCUGUUCUUUGGACGAAGGUCGCUGAAGAUACCAUAUACAUAUCAAGCGGAAGUGCACUUCUUGUUUCUGAUAACCGUUAUUCAGUUACUACACACCGUAACGCAACAUCUUCGGAGUUUACUUUGACGAUCUCUCAUCUUCAAUUAGAAGACGCCGGACUCUAUAAAUGUGUAUUAUCCACCGGUCCUAACAACCGACCUUCUGCCGAUAUGGAAUUAAAUGUUCGCCAUCCAUCGCAGUGAUGAUCUAUCGAAAUUUCGAAAAAAUCUUAUUGGGCCUCUUAUCUGGAUAGAUGAAUUAUAUUUAGAAGAAAUUGAACUUUGAUUUUGAGCAAUCAAUUGGUUUACAAUUUCAUAUACAUCAAAGUACUUAUUUGCAGUGUACCGUAAAUAUUUGUAUUCUCUGCACUUAACAUGAUAACUCAUAAAAAAUGACCUAAAUAAUACAUCAAUCUGUAUAUUCCAAUAACAGUCCCAAGAUUUUCACUGCUCAGUUAUGGUAUAUCUUAUAUUUUUAGAUUAUCGGAAACAUCAAAACAUCAUUGAACUCGGUUAUUCUCGAACUCCCACGUUGACGUCAUAUAACAACCCAGGGCUAUUCAGCUGCCCUACCUC